GUAUUAACUGUCUUCCACUCCGCUAGAACGGUAGAUAAAGUUUUGUUAUUCUGUGAGUGCAACAGCGUGAGUUAUUUCUGAUUUAGUUCCGUUUCUCUGUUUUAAGUUUCAUAAAUGAAAAUGAACGUUCAAAAAGUUAGCAGUCCUUUGCCGGCUAGAAGGACAAAAAACUGUAAUUCUCCUUUUAAUAAUUCACCAUCGGAUAAACUUUUUCUAAAAUCCGAUUGUUUUGGUCUGGGUUCAUUCAUAUCAUCAAAUGAAUUGCAACCAGAAGUUGGAGAUUUAAUUCAAGUUGACAGGGUUUUGUAUACGCAUUGGGCGCUGUAUGUCGGCGAUGGGAAUGUGGUCCAUGUGGCACAUCUGGAUCGAGACAAUAAUGAAAUAACGCCGUUGGACACUGCUGUCAUCAGGUUGUCCAGCUUGAGCGAUGUUGCCGGCCCGAAUGGUGGUGUCCGAGUUAACAAUAAAAUAGUUGGUGCUAAAGAUAGAGGGUUGGAACCUUUACCUGUAGAAACUGUAUUAGAAAACUGUUAUGCUGAUUUAGAUAAGGAAGUGACUUUUAAUAUGCUAACUAAAAAUAGUGAACAUUACGUUACUGAAUGGAAAUAUGGAUCUGGAUGGAGUGAUCAGGCUGCUAUCACUAUGACCGUGAUGAGAACACUCUCUUCUGACUGCCUUAUUGGUCACAAUGUUCUGGUGUCCAGCUUAAACGCGGUCCUUAAUUCUCCCGGAUCACCCGCUGCCGGACGAAAUACUCCCAAUUUCUCAUCAAGUCCAGUAAAUGAUGAUUCCUCGGGUGAUGAAAAAAACUUAAAGACUGACACACGAAGAGCUUGAAUGUGAAUAGAACAUUUCACAAUAGAAGUUAUUUCAUUUUAGUUGCUCAUCUCCAUUUUCAUGUUCCCAU